ACCUCCACCACCAUGGACUGCUACGAGGACGUGAGGAAGUACGGCUACCUGAGGAAGCAGAAGCACGGCCACAAGCGCUUCUUCGUGCUGAGGGCUCCGAGCCACCUGGGGCCGGCCCGGCUCGAGUACUACGACAGCGAGAAGAAAUGGAGGAGCCGCGCGUCGGCCCCCAAGCGGGUCAUCCUCCUGUGCCAGUGCUUCACCGUGAGCAGGCGGGCGGACGCCAAGAGCAAGUACCUGGUGGCCCUGUACACCAAGGACGAGUACUUCGCCAUGGUGGCCGAGAGCGAGCAGGAGCAGGAGAGCUGGUACUCGGCGGUGAGCGAGCUCAUGAACGAAGGGAAGAGCGCGGCGCUGGAGCCCGACGAGCUGGAGGAGAGCUACGGCACGUUCACCCCGGGCACCGUGUUCAAGGAAGUUUGGCAGAUCAACGUCAAGCCCAAAGGCUUAGGGCAGACCAAGAACCUGACCGGGGUGUACCGGCUGUGCCUGUCCAGCAAGAUGAUCCACUUCGUCAAGAUUAACUCGGACGUGCCUUCGGUGCAUCUGCAGCUGAUGAACAUCAGGCGGUGCGGGCAUUCCGAGAACUUCUUCUUCAUCGAGGUCGGCCGCUCGGCCUCCAUCGGCCCCGGUGAGCUGUGGAUGCAGGUCGACGAUUCGGUGGUCGCCCAAAACAUGCACGAAACCAUUUUGGAGACGAUGAGGGCGCUGAAAGCGUUUGCUGAGUUUCGACCCAGGAGUAAAAGCCAGUCGUCUGGGACCAACUCCAUAUCACUUCUGACUCGAAGGCAUCUCGGUAACCUGCCACCAAGUCAGACUGGAUUACAAAGGAGGUCCAGGACUGAAAGCAUGACUGGUACUUCUCCUGCAUCCAAAAGUGAGGCUUAUCGCUUCCGAACAUCCAGUGAAGGUGAAGGUACCAUGACCAGACCUUUUGGGUCUGUCACUGGAAGUUUAAUCCAUUUAAACUCUGGAAGAAUGGGUUUGAGCAGGGGUGAUGGAAGUGGGAGGUACGUAAAGCCACCAUUUGGCCCCUCUAACCACAGUCGGUCAGUAUCUUUGCCUGUAACCUACCUGCCAUCUACCACCAGCCCAGUAAGUGUUUCUUCCAGCAGUGGUCAUGGAUCUGCAUCUGAUCCUCUUACACGUCCAUCCAGUUCAUCAGUUUGUGGUUCACCAAGUGAUGGGGGCUUUAUUUCCUCUGAUGAAUACGGUUCAAGUCCUGGGGAUUUUAGGUACUUCCGUGUUCGGAGUAAUACACCAGAUUCACUUGGUAAUACACCACCGAUUCAAGAAGAAAAUUGUUUCUGUGAUUAUAUUUCAAUGGACAAACAGAUUAAUACUGUGAAUCUUGAUGGCAGAACAAGAGAUGACUACAUGGUUGCUGAGAAAGGAUAUAGAAAAAGGACCCACUCUCUUACUACCCCUGGUGCUGUGAUAAUGCAUCAAAAGACUACACAAACAACCUCAUCAUUGGAUGAGGCUAAUGUUGAUUCAUCGAGCGUGGGUGUCGGCAGUCAACUAUCAUGUUCUGCAUCACCAAAGUUUACUUGUAAUCCUUACCAUGAAGAUUAUAGUGAUGUUGAGAUUGGAUCCUCAGUUAACCAAAGCCAUAACAGAUCAAGAGAUGAUGGUUAUAUGCCAAUGAUGCCUGGUGUAGCAUCUGCUAGCCAUAACAAAAAUCAGGAUUACAUGCCAAUGAAUCCUAAAAGUACAUCUGCUCCAAAAGAAAUAGGUUCUCGGCCACCAACUCACCUGGAUUCACGGGGAUACAUGGUGAUGUCUCCAACUGAUAGUAAUACUCCAGGAAGAGGCUUGCUUACAGGAUGUGGUUCUAAAUUGUCGGUAGCCAAUAGUGAUGACAAAUUAUCAAACAGUGAAUAUGUGGACAUGUCCCAAAGAAAUCUAACUACACGGAAGUUAUCCAGCGAUGGCUUCUAUAAUCUUGCUAGUCCUGAAGCUCAGAAAUCAUACAGUUCGUAUUAUUCAUUGCCUCGAUCAUUUAAAGCUCCUUCACAGGAAAGUAGUGAGCAUAAUGAGUAUGUUCCUAUGUGUUCUCCAGGAAAAUUGAUGUAUGGAGGAGACUCCGUGUUUACCAGCAGUAUUAACAACAGUAAUUUGGUCCAAGAUAUUUCUCAUCCAUCAGUAACACAAAACGCAGAAGCGAUGGUCAUUCAAAAAGGAAGAGUUGUGAGGCCCACAAGAUUAUCACUGGAUACCGUGGGCGCUAAUGUUUUACCAAGAAUGUUUGAGCAUAGUUUACCACCGGAGCCAAAAAGCCCGGGAGAGUACAUUAAUAUCGCUUUUAGUGAGAAAACUAUCAACACACCAUAUUCUUUAUCAGCAGACGGGUCGCCUUCUUCACUUGGCUCCAGUAGUGAACACAGACGAUCUCCGUUGUCAGACUAUAUGAGUGUAGACCUAGAUGUACAGUCACCAAAGGCAGCCAUUGUUUCCUCAAAUUCUUUGACUAGCAUGACCAUUGGUUCAAGUUCAAGUGUAACCAGAAGCCAACCAAAUGAUGCUUACAUUAGUGUUCGCCUUGGUGCUGCCUGUGUCAGUACACCUGCCAAGGUGGAUGAUUACACAGAGAUGACAUUUAACGUGGCAGUAACGGCUCCUCAGCCAGUUUUACCCAAACCAGAUAUUGCAGAGGUGAUUAGCCCUACAGCAAUUGUGAAGAGAUUGUGCAUUAUCGAUCAGUAUCCUAGUAUAAACACCUUUCCUGUCCCUGGCCCUCCUUCUGAUGCCAAUCAUGCCCCUAAGGUGAUCCGUGCUGACCCACAGGGAAGACGACGCCACAGCUCAGAGACGUUUUCCUCUACGCCCACAGUGACUCCAUCUUCCCCCUUUUUUGCUGAUGGUGGCAAAAGGCACAGCUCUGCUUCAUUUGAUAAUGUUUGGCUUAAACCAAAUGAUAGUGUUAGUGAAGAGCAAAGAAGUACAAUGUGCAGGAAUACAUCUGCAGGCUUUCAGAAUGGAUUGAAUUAUAUUGCUUUGGACCUAAGGGAAGAUCACGGAUGUAUUGAAUCAAAUGGAAGCUUGCAGAAUCCACUUCGCCAAAUCACCAGCAGUACAGACUCUAGAGGCUAUGCAAGCAUAGACUUUACCAAAUCAGAUGGGAUGAAAUAUACCUCUACAUCUGAAGGUACAUUGGGGGAAGGCUGAGGGUAAUAACGAUUUUCCAAACAAUCCUACCAAACAGACUAAGUCCACCGAUGUGAUUAAAACCCAUGUGAACAGAGAAGAAAGAGUGAAGCAUACCUUUCCCAUGGAGCUUGCCAUGAAGUUGUAGAAAAUGCUUGAUGGAGCAGGUACUUUUCGAGGGCAGUCCUGUUAUUUCAAGAAUAUACACUUACCUGCUAUUUUUCCUUGAGCACAAGUGGAAAAUGCAACAAAUGGAUCUCAACAGGAACAUAUUUUCUGCCUGAUGACUUUUUGGUACUUCUUUCAAAAUAAGACACUCUUCCUGCAAGUUUCAGCUGAGCAAAAAAAGAAAAACGAGCCAUAGCUAACUUGAAACUACGUACUGAAAAGUUUUAAAACUACAUUAAUUUCAAUCACAAAUAAAGGUUAAGUGUUUUGUCAUUUUUUAACAAUUGUUCACAUAAAAAUACCUGCUAAAAUAAUUUUACAAAUGUUCCUCAAUCCAAACAACAAUAGACUUUCUCUUGUAAGUUUUGGAAGAUAUUUACAAUUGCUGCUACAAGUCCUAUUUGCUCUUGAUUUUUGGAGUAUGGAAAGUGUUUCACCAACAGUCUGCAACCACUUGAGGAACAUUUUGUAUAUUCUGUGACAUCUGGAGAUGUAUUCUAUUUCACUAUAUAUCCAGCUUUAAAUUAUUUUUAGUUAGAAAAGUAUUCUUGUGAUGUUAAGAUAACAGCUUACAUAGUGUAACAAGGUGUCUUUUCAGAUCGUUGAUAAUUGAAGAUCACGCAAUGCAUUUCCCUGUACAAAGCUGGAGUGGUUGAACAACUGUCUCUGAGCAACUCAUUUCGCUAUUCCACACAAACCUUAUGAACCAGGUUAAAUUCUUUCCUCCAACCAGCUUUAACAUGCACCAAGUUAUAUGUUGCAACUCCUGUGACCAGCUGAGCUAACUGUGAGUAAAGAUUGAUCUAAAGUUCAAACAUUUAUGAUGAGGAGUACUUCUAGAGAUCAUAAAAUGUCUGAGAAUAUUGGGAAGCUCUUUUCAAAUUGCUUUUAUCAGGUAUUUUUAUUUGUUCACCCAGUCUUUUAAUUAUGCUCCAAAAUUAUCAAUUUACCUGAACUUCUUUUUUGGGUUUCAAAAUUUGAUUUCAGUUUAAAAGCUAUGGUGUUGCCAGUGGUUCUUGCUCUGCAUAAGGUAGUACGUAAAUGCAAAUGGAAGUCUACUUUCACUAUUCCCAAUAGACCAGAAUUUACCCUUUCCUAAAUGUACAUAUUAUGUUCCUUCAAAAAUCAUUUUCACAUUCUGCAUGGUUUAAAAAGCUGCUGCUGACAUUUGCUAACAAUCCGCUAUGGGAGUUCAUUAACACUGCCUUUGUGAUAUCACUGCUACAUCUCCACAUCUACUCUACAAUGAUGCCAGAUGCCAUCAAUAAUACCUUUUUUUUUUCUUUUUUCCAUUGUCCCUUAGUCAAUUUACUGGCAGUAAAAACCUUUGAUAUGUAUUCACUUUGGCUGUUUUCUUUCACCCUUCCUACUCCGAAAAGUAGCUGUGUUUUUAAGAUGUGUUUUUUUAGGUUCGUAGUACAGUUUUUGCUUACCUUAUACCGCAAAAGAUUUAAUAUGCAUAAAUUGACUUUGCGGAUCUGAGAAGGCUUAUGUAAUGCAAAAUAUUUUAUGCAAAAGGUACAAUAGAAAUUGAAUUACUGGUACUUAUUGGACUACAGGGAAUCGGAAUAAAAUCCUUUCAAUUUUUACUGCAGCUCUAAAAUGCUGCUUUCCAAACAAAAUCCAUUAGCAGAACCUAAAUUAAAAGAUAUAAUUGGAACAGAUUCUUGUAAUUUUUACUGNUUUUUUAUGUAUAGGCCUCAUACUGAGCUGCAUGGAAUUGGGGAUAUUGUUUAAAACCAUCUGGACUUCCCUGGAUUGGAUAUGAGAAAUGAAUUGAAAUACCAUCAUCCUACUACAGGGGCACUGAGACACUGAGUAACCAAAGAUGUGCAGCGUUGUACUACUUACAUUAGGCUAAAUGGAUAAAUGCCACAUUCAAACAACCAGUAAUCUAAGGUAAAUUAUAUUGCCUAGGUGGUAUCCAAGUCCCUUAUAUCAGGAUUUUCAGACCUCUUUUGGGUUAGCGACCAAAAUAUUCAGAUUUUUUGUUUCCAUCGUGUUCGUGAAACCUUUUUUUAAUUUCCAAAAUGAGUCUGGCACCACGUAAUCGUGCUACACAGCCACUGUUCUAACCACACAACAGCUGAAGCUGUAGGAAGUAUAAAAUCCCUUGGCAGAUUUAGUGUGUGUGAACUCUCGAGUCAAGUAUUCAACAAUUCAUUUCUCUUGAGAAUGAAUUCAAACUUGAGACUGAUUUUUUUUAAAGAAGUACUCUUUAGGGAUACAGAAUUCAUUUCACUUGGCCUGCCUAUGCUGUUUGAAAAGCCAUGAAUUAAUUGCAAUAUACAUUAUUAAAAUUAGUAAGCUUUAUUUAAAAACCUGCAGUUUCUGUAUUGUAUAAUUAGUUGCUGUCAAUAAGACUCAUUGUCUUUGUUACGGAAUAGUCUGAACACCGUAAUUGAGGGUUUACACAAUCCUGCUGGACUUUGUCAACUUGAGGAUAUUGCCUUUACCAGGCUGUUUUAAUAUUCAUUUGCUGGUUUGAGAAGGGAAUAGGAGAAGCGAGAAACAACUAUGCAGUGUACGAUGCACCAAUGAUCUGUGCAUAAUCGCAGGAGAUAGUUUUCGCUUUGUUCAUUUUCUUUUACCAUUUCACCCCCCCCC